CGGUUAUCUAUGCCCUGGUAUGAACCGAGGAAGCUAGGGAAGGCUUUGGGAAGUUGGGAAGUGUGCUUAUGCGUGUUUCGCCCAUGUGGUUGAAACUUGUGAUAUUGUCGGGUCAUUUCAAGUAAGGAUUAACGAUAUUUUUAGGUGUGCAAAUGGCACAGAAUAUUUGCCUUGACACAUCGUUACAGUCGACAUUCACAAAAGCUGUCAAGAAUAUUAAAACUCUGAUUAAGAAGAAGGAGCUGCCAGCCCAGGACCAGUUCACAGAUGUCACUGCUAAUGCUGCAGAGAAAAAGGCGGUUUUGGGAAAGGGGAGAAAAGUUAAUCAACAACAUAAUAAACAUACACAGAAGGAUCAUGGCAAAGGGAUUGUAUACCUUAGCCACAUCCCAGAAGGCUUUUGUAAAGAAGACAUGUACUCUUACUUCUCCCAGUUUGGCAGGGUUACUCGACUUAAUGUGGUCAAGAGCAAAAAGAAUGGUAGACCAAAAGGAUAUGCUUUCAUAGAGUUCUUAUAUUCUGAGGUGGCACAAGUGGUGGCAGAGACAAUGAACAAUUAUCUCAUGUGCGGUAGGCUCCUGAAAGCUCAGUACAUUCCUGGAGAGCGUAUGCACCGGGGAAUGUUUAGGAAUAUGCACAUUCGUCCUGACAACUGUCCAAGGAGCAGGUCACAAAAAAAAUGGAUCGAGAAAAUUAACAAAGUGCUCACACCAGAAGAAGAAGUGGGAACAUUGUUACAUGAAACCAAACGCCUGAAUAAACUGAAGGAACAGCUGGAGAAGAGUGGCAUUCAUUUGGACUGCCAGAUUGAGGGUGGCUCACUGGCAUUAUUGAAUAGUGACACGUUCAAGACAGGAGAGAAUCCCGUACUUGAGAUUGAUGAAAGUGAUAAUGAGAUAGAGUUCAAGCUGCAACCCAAUGUCAUCAGAGUAGUGAAACACAGAUCAUUACAAGCACCUGUAACUUCCCAUAGUGCGGAGAAGGUGAAGACUGAAGCAGGAAAGGAAGUUUCCAAAAGAAAGGCAGCGAGAUGCAGAUCCUUAUCAACAUCUGUACUCUCCCCCUUUAUAAAGAAAGUGAAUGCUAAAGGGAGAAAGGAUGGUUCUAAAAGAAGAUUGCAGCGACGACGUGUCACCCCCGUAAUGAAGCGCAAAUAUAAGUCGGCAACCAUGUUUUCCCCCACAGUAAAGAAAGUGAAAGUUAAAGCAAGAAAGAAUGUUUCCAAACAAGAUUUACAAUCCAGUGUUGCUGAUAUAGUGGAAUGUAAAUCUUCAUCAAUACCUGUAUAUUCCCCCACUGUAAAGAAAAUGGAUGUUGAAACACAGAAUGAUGUUUCUAAAAGAAAGGUGCAACCUAGUGUCACAAAGGCAGUGAAAUGCAUGUCCUCGGCAUCCAUACUUUCUCCUAGUGUAAGCAAACUGAAAGCUGAAGCAAGAAAGAAUGUUUCCAAAGAUCUGCAAUCCAAUGUGUCUAGUGUAGUAAAACGCAAAUCUUUAUCAAUGUCUGCACUCUCCCAAAAUGUAAAGAAAGUGAAAACUGAACUAAAACAGCAUAUUUACAAAAAAGAUGUAGAAUCUGAUGUUCUUGAGGUGGUGGGACACAGACCCUCAACAAUUGGUAGAAGCUCCAGUAUAAAGAACGUGAAGGGUGAUGCAGAAAACAGUGUUUCUAAAAGCAAAAUUCAACAUAGUGAUGCUGAGGUAUUGAAACGCAGAUCAUUGUCAACAUCCGUAAUUUCUCCUAGGAUAGAGAAAGUGAAGGCUGUUGCAGAAAAUGAUGUUUCCAAAAGAAGGGUGCAACCUAUUUUCACCAAGGUACUGAAACGCAGAUCCUCAACGUCAUCACUUUCUCCCAGUGUAAAGAAAGUGAAAGCUGAAGCAAGAAUGGAUUCAUCCAGGAAAGAUCUACAGUCUAGUGUGUCUGAUGUAAUGAAAUGCAAAUUUUUGUCAACGCCCUUACUUUCCCCCAGUGUAAAGAAAGUGAAAGUUGGCAAAGAGAAAGAUCUUUCCAAAACAAAGAUUCAACCAAGAGAAAGUGAGGUAUCGAAAAGCAGGCCUUUAUCAACAUCUAGCCUUUCUUCCAGUAUGAAGAAAGUGAAAGUUGGCACAGAGGAGGAUUCUUCUAAAAGAAAGAUUCAACCCAGUGCUGCUGAGAAAGUGAGGCGCAGGUCCUUACCAGCAUCCAUACACUCUCCCAGUGUAAAGAAAAUGAAAGUUGGCACAGAGAGGGAUGUUUUCAAAAGAAAGAUUCAACCCAGAGCUACUGAGGUAGUGAGGCGGAGGUCUUUACCAGCUUCCAUACUCUCUCUCAGUGCAAAGAAAGUGAAGGCUGAUGCAGAAAAGAAUUUUUCUAAAAGAAAGGCACAACCCAGUGCCUCCAAGGAAGUGAAAUGCAGAUCCCCAGCAUCUGUAUUUUCGCCCAGAAUAAAGAAACAGGCUAAAGAAGAAUUUUUCAAAAAGAACCUAUCUCCAAAGUUCAAUGAUGAAUUAGUAUGAAAUGUCAUGAUCCUUGAGUUUGGGCAUUAGCAACAACAUAAUAAUAAAAUAAUAUAUGUAUAUUU